UGGUGUGUGGUGGUGUAUUUAUUUACUGCAUGACUGUGGGUUAGUUAAGUCUGAGCGGUUUAUAUUUUGUUUUAUUACGAAUCGAACAUUACGUGAGAUUUUACAUGCGUUUGUUUGUAAAAGUGAUGUUAACAUGAUUUUUUGAAGCAUAACAUCAGUGAUUACUGUGUGCGGUGGUAUACCUACCAUGGCAGAGAUUUGUAAGUUUAAAUUAGGCUUGUUUUUUGAAGAGGACGGUUAAGUGUUUAAAAGUUUUUCUUUGAGUGAAGUGCAACAUGUCACAGUGCAAGAAAUUUACGCCAAAUAUAUUUCAUAAAACGAAAUGUUCUAAUUGCUUUCGACAGAAAGAGGAACACUCUGCUGAAGCCCUGGAAUGUAACCGGGCUAGCCGUUCUAUAGCCCGGAGCGGAUAUCUGUUUGUGGCUCCGGAUUGGGAUUUUUCCGUGCCUCUCAACAGGACUAAGGUAAGAUUCGUUUUCAAAAUUUAA